UACUACGCUAAGUCAAUGGCGGAUGAAUAGGAAGUUUACGAAGAACGCCGCUUGUGAGAGUACUCAGUAGAAAGCACUCGGAAACAAAUAUUUUGCUGUGUAAAAUUACUUCAACUUUAUUUUUUCCUUAAAUUCUAAUUUAAUACUUGGAAAAUGUCCCGUUCUGUCCGUGCGGAAACAAGAAACCGUGUCAAAGAUGAUAUCAAAAGAGUAAUGCAAGCUGUGGAAAAAGUUCGCCAUUGGGAGAAAAAAUGGGUAACGAUUGGAGAAACUACUAUGAAAAUUUACAAAUGGGUUCCGAUUUCUACAAAUGAGCAAAAGAAGAAACACGCGGCUAAACGCGAAAAUAAGGAGAACACAUUGACACCGAAGAAAGUUCACGACUCCUCGAACUCCAACUUCGGCAUGGCUGAAGAUUCUAACACAUGUUUCUCAACAGUGAGUGACUCCCAAGGGCCAACAGAGUUUAAUUCAACAAACCUGAACUUCUCUGAAGACUCCAAUUCUCAAAGUAGUGGUACCACAACACCAGCAAAGCGGUUAAAAACUGACUGAGCCUUGCCUAAGAAAUGAGCCGGCAAGGUGCAAGCCCAGAGUUAGAGACUUACAUUUAUAAUGGAACUGACAUUAUGAACCUUAUGGUGUGUGCUGUGGGUGUGAGUGCAUCAUAUGAGUUAGGAUUUAGCAUGAAUAGCUACCACAUUCAAGUGUUAUACUUUUAAUACAUAAGAAAGUGUGUCUAUGACUAAUUAGUUUCAACAUGUGUUCUAAUUUCAUUGCAGUUAUUGCAACUAGAGUGAUUUUUAUUUUAAAUAUAUUAUUUUAAUUUUCUUCCUUAGGUCAAGAUCUAUGACAUAUUGUAAAUAUUAUUUUGGUUUCAUAAAAUGUGACUUAAUUAUAAUAAUGUAAAUUAUUUUAUAAGUUUAACAAAAUGAUUGGGAAUUGGUGUCUGCUAAAUGUGAUAUUGUCACAUAAUGUUGUAUUUGUAUGUAAAAGAGUAUUUAAGUAUUAUUGUGCAACAAUAUAAUGACAGUACAAAACCCCUACAGAGGAUUAAGUAUUGUUGUGACCUAGAGAUAUGAAAUCAACUUUUGUGUGUUGAUGGUUCAACUCUUCAUAUAUGUUAACAUUGCAUAAUAUGUAUUGACUGCAUUUGCAACUGGGCAGUACAGACUAUAAGUUUGUAUGAAUGUAAGAAAUAGGUUUUUGGAGUGCAAGCUGCAAUGGCUGGGAGUGACUAGCCAUUGUUGCCAGUUCAACCAAACACACCAUGUUUAAGUGCAUAUGCUGACAUGACCACAUGUGCACAGCAUAAACUCUAGUCUGAAACUGCUCCAAUAUGUUGCAGGUGUACCAUAACUUUGUACUAAAGCCUUAGAAUCACAUUUUUUAUGUUUAUCGCUUAUUUUGUACUAUUAGCCCAAUUAACAGACAUAAUAUAUACUUCUCGUAAUAAAUUGUCAUGCAUUAUUUGUAUGUCA